CCCGCACUGUGCAUUAUUCAUUCACUCAUUCAUCAUUUUGCUGCCUUUUAUUUCAUGUUUUGGAUGUGUGCUCUUGUACGCUCCAAUCCCUCAUUGCAUGAAAUCCGACAGUGAUUCCUUUGCUGUAGGACCCCAGAGCUAGAGAGGAAGACAGAAAUUUUCACAUCUUUCACCAUGCCUUCUCCUUCAUGGCUCACAAGCCUUACUUGUUCAUCUUCCUCCAUGGAAUUCUCUUCCUCUUCACAACUCUUACAUUGGUUCUCCUUCAUCCUCCUAUCUCCAUGUCCUCAACGAGUGUUGUUUUCCUCGGUUGAUCUCUUCUUCUUGCUGAUUCUUUUAGUCUUCUCCCUUCGGAAAUUCUGUUAUCGACCCACUUCUUCUGCUGACACCAGCUCAUCCAUAGCUAGACCCCUUCUGUUUGAAAAGGACUUAAACCACAAAGUUACUUCCUUUUUCCAUUUUCCUCUUUUUCUAAUCAUUCUGUUGGCAAUUGCUUACGUGGUCUUAAGCGUCUUAACCUUCACUCACACCUCUCAGACUUCAUGGAAACUGAUCGAAGCUCUGUUCCGGGGUUCUCAAGCAAUAACCAACGUAGUGGUUGUCCUUGUGAUGGUGAAAGAGAAGAAGGUUAAAGAUACUAAACACCCUUUGUCACUCAGAAUCUACUGGGCAGCAAAUUUUGUUAUUUCUUGCUUAUUCGUUGCUUCGGCCAUUUAUCGAUUGGCAAACAUCGGUGCAGCAAACUUGGAGUUCAAUUUGAAAAUUGACGAUAUACUCUCGAUUGUAAGUCUUCCCUUGGCUGUUUAUCUAUCAAUAGUAGCUGUUAAAGGGUCAUCGGGGAUUCAUGUAGUCAAAAGACCAGAUUUUGAUUCGAGGUCAGCAGAACCAUUGUGCCAGAGGCUUCUAACGGAAGAGAAUUUGAGUCCUUACGCUUAUGCUUCCUUGUUCUCCAAAAUGGUGUGGCUGUGGAUGAACCCUCUGCUCCAAAAAGGCUACAAGUCACCUCUUAAACUUGAUGAUGUGCCUUCACUUCCUCCUGAGUUUCGAGCUGAAAAAAUGUCAGAGCUUUUUGCGACGAAUUGGCCGAAGCCAGAGGAAAGUUGCAAACAUCCAGUAGGUAUCACACUAGUCAGAUGCUUUUGGAAACAAGUAGUUUUCACUGGCGGUCUGGCUGUCAUUCGACUUGCGGUUUCCUUUGUGGGGCCAGUGCUUAUUCAAAAAUUUGUUGAUUACACCUCAUUGAAAGGAAGCCCUGCCUCCCAUGGACUUGGUUUGGUAUUGAUCCUGCUUCUGGCUAAAUCAGUUGAAGUCCUCAGUACCCACCAGUUCAAUUUUCACUCUCAGAAACUGGGUAUGCUAAUUCGUUCCAGCCUCAUCACUUCUUUAUACAAAAAAGGCUUGAGAUUGUCAAGCUCUGCGAGGCAGGCUCAUGGGGCUGGACAGAUUGUGAAUUACAUGGCUGUGGAUGCUCAGCAGUUAACUGAUAUGAUGUCGCAGCUGCAUUGUAUUUGGUUGACGCCUUUACAAAUUGCAGCUGCUUUGGUUUUGAUCUACUGCUAUCUUGGCUUGUCCACAUUUGCGGCCAUGCUUGGGACCAUUGCAAUGUUUGCUUACGUACUACUGGGUUCAAAAAGGAACAAUACUUUCUCGUACAGUAUAAUGGUGAAUCGUGAUUCCAGGAUGAAGGCCAUGACUAAUAUGCUUAAUAAUGUGCGUGUCAUCAAGUUCCAAGCAUGGGAGGAGCAUUUUGGCAGCAAGAUACGAAAUUUUCGUGAGUUGGAGUAUCAUUGGAUUGGGAAGUUCAUGUAUGCUUUUGCUACCAACAUUGGGGUUCUCUGGGUUUCUCCUACUAUGAUAGCAGUUCUUACCUUUGGAGCAGCAAUUCUUCUGGGAUUUCAUCUUGAUGCUGGCACUGUGUUUACAGUAAUGUCAGUGAUCAAAAUACUGCAAGAACCAGUUAGGAUGUUCCCUCAAGCUCUUGUUUCCAUCUCACAAGCAAUCGUCUCCCUUGGGAGGUUGGAUGAGUACAUUAAAAGUGGGGAGUUGGAUGAAAGUUCGGUAGAGAGAGUAGAAGACAAUAACAGUAACGUAGCUGUGGAAAUAAAAGAAGGGUCUUUCUCAUGGGAUGAUGAAGGAGAGAAGGUGGCUCUGGAAGUUUCAGAGCUGGAAAUAAAGAAUGGGGCUCUCGCUGCAGUUGUUGGAACUGUUGGAUCAGGAAAGUCUUCACUAUUGGCUUCGGUGUUAGGGGAAAUGCACAAGAUCUCAGGACAGGUCAGAGUAGGUGGGAAAACAGCUUAUGUAGCACAGACUGCGUGGAUCCGGAAUGCGACGAUUGAAGAGAACAUAUUGUUUGAAUUACCGAUGGAUAGGGAGAAAUACCGGGAAACCAUCAGAGUGUGUUGCCUGGAAAAGGAUCUUGAGAUGUUAGAACAUGGAGACCAGACUGAGAUUGGAGAAAGGGGUAUAAACCUCAGCGGUGGCCAAAAGCAACGCGUACAACUUGCUAGAGCUGUGUAUCAGGACUGUGACAUCUAUCUCCUUGACGAUAUAUUUAGUGCCGUUGAUGCUCAAACUGGAACCUUUAUCUUUAAGGAAUGUGUUAUGGGAGCUCUCAAGGACAAGGCAAUUAUCCUUGUAACCCACCAAGUUGACUUCUUGCAUAAUGUGGACCUCAUAGCAGUCAUGCGAGAUGGGAAGAUCGUGCAACGCGGAAAGUACAAAGAACUUCUGGAAUCUGGCCUGGAUUUUGGCGCACUUGUGGCUGCUCACGAAGCCUCUAUGGAACUUGUAGAAAGGACUGACACAUCUGGUUGCGCUUCUGGUCCACCUUCAAAACAAGGGGAAAGCAGUGAGAAAAUAAACUCCCAAGAGGAAGACAAGUCUGAUUCUGAUAAGGGAACAUCAAAGCUCAUUGAAGAUGAGGAGAAAGAAACCGGCCGAGUCAAUUUCCAAGUAUACAAACAAUAUUGCACCGAAGCAUAUGGAUGGUGGGGAGUAGCAGUAGUCCUGCUAAUGACUCUAAUUUGGACUGCAGCUAUGAUGGCUGGAGACUACUGGCUGGCAUUUGAAACUUCAAAAGAUCGCUCCUUUAAUCCCACUCUAUUCAUUGGCGUGUACGCCGGUAUUGGAGUUAUUUCAUGCAUAAUGGUCAUAAUCAGAUCGUACGUAGUAACACAUUGGGGUCUAAAGACAGCUCAGAGCUUCUUCACUGGAAUGCUUCAAAGUAUUCUCCACGCACCAAUGUCAUUCUUUGAUACCACUCCUUCUGGCAGAAUUCUUAGUCGUAUGUCUGCGGAUCAACUCUUUAUCGAUAUAGUAAUUCCGAUGUUCAUCGGCAUGGUCAUGAUGACGUACCUCUCAUUACUUAGCAUCUUCUUCGUCACUUGCCAAAAUGCUUGGGAGAUUGUCUUCCUUAUUCUUCCAUUGAUUUGGCUCAACAACUGGUACCGGAAAUAUUACCUUGCAUCUUCUCGGGAAUUGACUCGGCUUGAUUCUAUUGCAAAAGCUCCUGUGAUUCAUCAAUUUUCAGAGACCAUUUCUGGUGUCAUGACAAUCCGUGGCUUUAGGAAACAAGGCGCAUUUUGUGAGGAAAAUAUAAAUAGGGUGAAUGCAAACUUGAGGAUGGAAUUCCACAACAAUGGAUCAUAUGAAUGGCUUGCUUUCCGCUUAGACCUGCUUGGAGUGGUUUUCCUUUGCAUUGCCACAAUGCUUAUGAUCUUUUUGCCAAGUGCUAUCAUGAAGCCAGAAUAUGUUGGUUUGUCUCUAUCCUAUGGCCUGACUCUGAGUGGUGUUAUGGCAAUUUCCGUAACUUUGACUUGCCAAGUUGAGAACAAAAUGGUUUCAGUCGAAAGAAUAAAGCAGUUCUCCAAUAUUACACCAGAAUCUCCAUGGAGAAUCCCUGAUGGCCUUCCACCGCACAAUUGGCCCACUCAUGGCUGCAUCAAGUUACAGGAUUUGCAGGUUCGGUAUCGGCCAAAUACACCGCUCAUUCUGAAGGGAAUCACGCUAAGCAUUCAAGGAGGAGAGAAGAUUGGGAUAGUAGGGCGUACUGGGAGUGGGAAAUCAACGCUAGUGCAGGUGUUAUUCAGACUGGUUGAGCCUUCGUAUGGGAAAAUAGUGAUCGAUGGCAUCAACAUUUGCACCCUGGGACUUCAUGAUCUCAGGUCUCGCUUUGGUAUCAUUCCACAAGAGCCUGUUCUCUUUGAAGGAACUGUAAGAAGCAACAUAGACCCAAAUGAAUUGUAUUCCGAUGAAGAAAUCUGGAAGAGCCUCGAGCGGUGCCAACUGAAGGACGUAGUGGCUGCAAAGACCGAGAAACUGGAUGCUUCAGUGGUGGAUGGCGGAGACAAUUGGAGUGUGGGGCAGAGGCAGCUGUUAUGUUUGGGAAGGGUAAUGCUGAAACGCAGCCAAAUACUAUUCAUGGAUGAGGCAACAGCAUCAGUUGAUUCCCAAACUGAUGCUGUAAUUCAGAAGAUCAUCCGGGAGGACUUUAAAAAAUGUACCAUUCUCAGUGUUGCUCACAGAAUACCCACUGUUAUGGAUUGUGAUAGGGUUCUGGUUAUAGAUGCAGGAUAUGCAAAGGAAUUUGAUAGGCCGGAGAGAUUGCUGGAAAGGCCCUCACUUUUUGGUGCAUUGGUCCAGGAGUACUCUAACAGAUCAUGUUAGUUAUGAAUCCUCUUUAAUCAUUAUGCAUGCUUUGACUCUGCCAGCGCGCCACAUUCAUGUUUCUUUGAAUAAGCUGCCAAUGUCGGAGACAUCAUC